CCUAGCCUCUUCCUCAAACUUCAUCCUCCGUCGAUCUUUCAGGCGCUUUGCAGGGACACACAGUCCACGACUGACCGGCAGCCAUGAGGAUCCUCUACCUCCUCUUUGCUGUUCUCCUCCUCCUCUUCCAGGCUGCUCCAGGUUCUGCAGAUCCUAUUUUUGAGGACACCGCACAGUGCAGGAGCCAGGGAAAUUUCUGCCGUGCUGGGGCAUGCCCACCCACCUUCGCUGCCUCCGGCUCAUGCCACGGGGGGCUGCUGAAAUGCUGUUCAAAGUAA